UCUCGAGUGUUAUAAUUUGGACUUCACACUGUGGUUGCCGACCCAUACUAAGAGUGCCGAGAAGAGACUACUAUAAGGUUUUAUAUUACUAUGGCUUGCGUGAACCCUCUUCUCCCUGCUAUUCUUGUCGUUGCUUCCUUUGUCUUGGUAGCAGAAUGUCGGGUCUCCAGGAAGGACCUUGGUGUGGGCCUGGGUGGUGGACUUGGCGUUGGAGUUGGUGUUGGCUUAGGAGGUGGUAGUGCUUCCGGCUCCGGCUCCGGUUCGGCCUCUGGCUCUGGAUCUGGUGCGGGGUCUGGGGCCGGUUCAGGUGCAGGGUCAUCCGCAGGGUCUGAUGCCGGUUCAGGUUCGGGUUAUGGUUCUGGCCAAGGGUCUGGCUCGGGAUCUGGUACGGGAUAUGGUGAAGGCUACGGUGAAGGCCAUGGCCAUGGUGCGGGAACUGGUUCGGGACAUGGUGAAGGCUACGGCGAAGGGUAUGGUGAAGGCCAUGGUUCUGGUUCUGGUGAUGGUUCAGGCUCGGGUUAUGGUGAGGGUCACGGGUCUGGGUCUGGGUAUGGUAGCGGCCAUGGCAAGUGAUUUACUUGACUGUAGUUUUAUGUACUAGAAUUGCACCACCUCAUUGUAUCAAUAAAUAAGAAGAUGGCCAAUGAGAGUGCUUAUGCUUUGAUCUAUGAUCUUUUCUCUCAACUGCUUUUGUUAAACACUACAGUAAUUAAGUUCUGACUUCAUGUAUGCAAUUUGUAUGGAAUGUCAAAUUUCCCGUAUGGAAUAUCAAACUUGCAUCUAUCAAAUAA